GUCACCACGUGCCUCUGCGGGCAGGCGCGGGAGGUGCGACAGGGGGGCUGUCGAGGUUCACCGCCUCCUGCCGUACUCGCUUCUGGGUGGCCCUUAAUGUCUUGUGCUCUAAGGUGCUGUUGGGAAAGACGCGGGAGGUCUCUAGCCUGACACUAUGGAGGAAGAGAGAAGCUACAACUUCGACGGUGUGAGCACCAACCGCCUGAAACAGCAGUUGCUGGAAGAAAUCCGCAAGAAGGAUGCAGUGCAACUCUCAAUAUUUGAACUAAGACACAAGAUUACAGAACUGGAAGCCAAACUCAAUACUGACAAUGAAGGUAGUGAAUGGAAAACCCGUUAUGAGACACAACUUGAAUUAAAUGAUCAACUAGAAAAGCAAAUUGUUUAUCUCAAGGAGAAGAUGGAAAAAAUCCGUGGAAACUCUUCAGAUAGACUAUCUUCUAUUCGUGUCUAUGAACGAAUGCCAGUGGAAUCCUUAAACACACUACUUAAACAGCUAGAAAAAGAAAAGAGGACUCUUGAAAGUCAAGUGAAAUACUAUGCACUUAAACUGGAACAAGAAUCAAAGGCUUACCAGAAGAUCAACAAUGAACGCUGUACAUACCUAGCUGAAAUGUCUCAGGGUUCUGGUUUACAUCAAGUUUCUAAAAGGCAACAGAUGCAUCAACUGCCUAGGAUGCAAGAGAAUCUAGUGAAAACUGGAAGAUAUAAUCCAGCUAAACAGAAGAUAGUGAGUGCCAAGAGAGGACCAGUAAAAAAGAUUACAAGACCAAACCAUCUUCCAGAACUCCAUCCAUGAUUCCAGAACUGGGUGGAUUUCUAUUUCUUCCUCUUUUUUUUCCAUUUAUAAUAUUCAACUUAUGAAGUUAAUGGUCAGCACAUUUCUUCAGGGAAUAAAAUAGAUAAGAACUGCCAAAUUUUUCUUUAGCUCCUUUUCCAGACGUGUGUUCCUUUGUCUGCAUAAAAGUAAUUUUUUCCAGUGAUCCUAAACUAUGUAAUAGAAGUGCUUGAGAGUUUAAAAAUAUCUAGGGAAUCUGAAGGCUGGCAUCAUUACACUUGCUUUUGAUAAUAUACCCAUGAUCUGCUCUGAUAGUAACAUUGCUAUUCUAUUUGGUUUCUAGUUGACUGUUAGCAAAAAGUGUGUAUUCAUAAAAGCUUUUUGCCA